ACCCUAGACGAUCUCGAUGGCGAAGACAUGGCCGCGGAAGAGGAAGAAGACGAGGAGGACGAAUUCGGUGGUGGUGACGCCGGCGGGUUCUGCCCCGACUCGCUGUUCCCGAAGCUCACGCUGCUGCGGCACGUGACUCCGCGAGGCAAUGCCAGUGCGGGCCGGUUCACCAAGGUCGCGCACGCCUCGAGCCUAAUGGACUGCACCAAGGCGUGCUGCGAGCAGGGCGCCUUGUGCAACCUCGUUUUUCUGCACGGCACUUCGUGCUUCCUCGUCCGGUGCCACUCGGCGGCCCUCUGCCAACCGCAGCGCCGGCCCGGCACCAAGUUUGACUCUAGCUUUAUGGUGAUAGUGCGGCCUCCGCAAAAAGGCUCAUACGACUCUUCACACGAAUGGUCCAGCCACUCAACGCCAAAUUCAAACGAAGACACAUUAUCGAACUCGCGCGGUUGGAAAAACAUCAAAGGGAGUGGGGAUUCGUCCGAAGGAGGGCUGAACAGCUCUAGUAUAUUGGUCCCUGCCAAUCAGGUGGUGGUGGGCGACACUGGGCGCACGUGUGUCUACGGGAUACUUCAGCAGUGCCUUAAGAAUGAGGAAUGCAUCACGACUGGUCCGCGGCGGCGCACGGGCACGUGCCGCUGCCGACAGGGAUUCACCAAGGACUCGGUUUCGGGGUCCUGCACGGGACCCCAGAACGCCUCCCUAAGUAGCCAGGCCGUGCCCACCGUUCCUCCGUUAUCAUCUUCCACAACGAAAGCGGCAGCCGCCGCCUCACCGACGACGACGACACCCUAUCCUUUGAUCGUGUCGGCCGGAGAAAACAAAGAACUGCACCUUCCCGAGAAUGAAGUGGUUCUGUCAGCAUACGCUCUCAAGGGUGGAGGAGAUGGGAACAAGUUCCAGUAUCAGUGGACGCUGGUGUCUCACCCAGACGGUGAAGAGACUGGAGUCAUGCAAGACCAGAACACCCAGGCGUUGAAGCUGUCGCACUUGCGGGAGGGACUCUACACAUUUCGCGUUGCAGUGACGGGAAACAACUCCUACGGGGAAGCCACAACCAAUGUGACAGUUCUGCCCCCAAAACGAAUCAACAAACCACCAGUGGCCAUCAUUCAGCCAGACAAUGUUACUGUCAAGCUUCCCAGCAAGGAUACUGUCUUGGAUGGCUCCUUCAGCACAGACGACGACAAAAUAGUGCAGUACCACUGGGAGCCGAUCACCAUACCGAUUGGCUACAGUCCCAAACUGAACGACACGCCAACGGUCCAGCUGAAAGACCUCAUUCCUGGGUUCUACCAGUUCAUGCUCAAGGUGACAGACUCUGACGGUGUCACAAACACCACCAGUGCGAACGUGACUGUUCUAAAAGAGAUGGACUACCCACCAACAGCCAAUGCUGGACCACAGUCCGUUGUCUACAUGCCCAAUAACGAAGUGACGCUGAACGGAAACCUAAGCACUGAUGACAAAGGCAUAAAAAGCUGGGAAUGGACUAAAAGUCCUGACACGGACAAGCACGUUGACAUGGAGGGAACCACCAGCCCGUACCUGCACCUGUCAAACAUGGAAGUGGGUGUGUACAAGUUUCUCCUAAAGGUCACCGACACGGCCGACCAGACUGCAACGGCCGAGGUGCACGUGUUUGUCAAGCCGGCAUCCAACCAGGCCCCGACAGCCGAUGCCGGAAAGGACGUACGCGUCUCACUGCCCAUCGAUAAGCCAAUCGUGCUGGACGGCAGCCACAGCUCGGACGACGUGGGCAUUACGUCGUGGCAUUGGAGCCAGAUUCAGGGUCCCAAGCCGAGCCAAAUCGAAGAACCCAACAGUUCGACAACAAAAGUGUCGAAUCUUGUGCCGGGAGAGUACGUGUUCAAGUUGGACGUCGUGGAUGCCAACAACCUGACCAGCUCUGACAACGUCUCCAUCAUUGUUACCCAAAAUAAGAACGCUCCACCCAAGGCAGAUGCGGGCGGUGACCGGACCGUGUUCCUUCCCGUGGAUGUAGUCUCUCUAAACGGAUCACGAUCUGCGGAUGAUGUGGAGAUCAUUUCGUGGCAUUGGACCCGAGACCCUUCAUCGUUGGCAGCAGGGCACAUUCUGGAAAACUCUAGCUUCUCGCCGAUUCUUCGCCUGUCGGAGUUGAUCCCAGGCCGCUACAUGUUCACGCUGACUGUGUCCGAUGCCCAAGGUGCAACGGGGCAAGACACAGCGUCCCUGAUCGUGAAGCCAAUGCCCAGCCUGGCGCAACAGGUAGAGCUGCUGCUGGAUGUCGACAUCGAGACCUUCACUCAAGAGCAGCUGGACACAGUGUUGAAGCAGCUUGAAUUGCUGCUGCACGACGGAGAGUCGCUGAGGGUGCACCUGGUGGACCUGAACUACCAACAAGAUUCCCGAAGGGUCCGGAUCAUCUUUGUGGCGGAGAAAGAAGACGCCAAGGGCUCUUGGGUGCCUUGUCGGGGUCCCCUCAUGGUUGCUCGGCUGAAGCAGAGGCUACGAACGCACAGUGCACUGCUCGACUGGGAUGUCAUCUCGGUGGACACCGUUGUGUGCCAGAACGAGUGCUCUGGGCAUGGCACGUGCGACAUGUACAGCAAGCGCUGUGUCUGCGAAGCUUUCUGGAUGGAGGACUUUGUUCGUGCCAGUCUAGGGGACCGUGAGAGCAACUGUGACUGGAGUGUGCUGUACGUCAUCAUCAUCGCCUUCCUGCUUCUGAGUGUCCUCUCCACCUCCCUGUGGGGCCUGGCCUGCUUUUGUUCGAGGAUGCAUUUCCGGCGGCCCAGAAUCAAGAGAAAUUACACGCUGCUAAAGGAUUCUCGCGACAUUGAGAAGGACAGCCUGGACCUCAUACCGAAAGGCAAGACCCUGACGACGAGCUUGAUGGCUUCGGAUUCGGAUUCGGACACGCUCUUCGAGACGCGUCCCCGACCAUCGGUGGCCGUCAAGCCGCUGACCGGCAACUACCGCACGGGGACGUCCAACGGAGGCCUGAAAAACAGAGUGCACACCUGAAAGCAAGCACCGACCACUACUGGGGCGUCCCCCAUCUGACUUCCCAUAAGAAGCCGAUCCAAUCCCUCCCGCCCAUUACAGCCGAGGUGCACGUUGGUGGGGCACAGCGAGUGCCCGUGUGGGAAAUCAGCCACAUGUAACAAACCAGAGCUAAGAGUGUGAGGGUUAAAGGGACAUUAAAGUGCAACACUAUCAGUUUAGACUGAUGAAUCAACACAUCACAAAAUAGUGAGUGCCCCCUAGCCUACACUUUGCAAACGUCUGUAACUUGGCUUUCCUGCAAGAAUGUUUCCCACGUGAGACCCCUGUUUCCCAGACUGCUUUUCUUGCUCUAAGUGUGUUCACACCUGCACAUUCCAGCGAAGGUGUGGGAGCACUACAGAGGCUUAUCAAAACAUACUGCAGGAAUAUCACGCCUUAUUGUAAGUUUCCUUGUAUACAGAGAGAAACGGAAAACGGAAGAAAAGAAAGACAGGGAUUAGUGGUGAAUGGAAAAAAAUGGUUUAUCUGCUAGUCUGUGGUCGAGAUUGUUCGUGUGGAAAACAUACCUUCUCACACAUGCGCAUGAACUAUUUUGCAUGUUGUCGAUUAUCCUAGAGGACGCUGUUGUCGUUACUUCCAUACUGUUUGUUAUUAGAUGUCCACGCAUUUUAGGGCAACUCAAAUUGAGUGAAGGGAAAUGAAAGAAGGCGACAAGCAGUAAAGGCAAUGGUGCAAGCACUAACUUUCAACCGAGUGUUAUUCCAUGUUGCUCUAAUGAUGCGUUUUUAUGCCCAGUAAACCUCACGAUAGGAAUAUCACACUUGGAAAACCAGUGUGACAUUGUUGUCACACUUUUAAUAACUGAAUGUCACAAGUGGGACAAUGUCACACUUGUGACAUUCGCACUUAUGUCACAUUUGUCAUAAGUGUGACAAAAAGUGCCACAGAUAGUUGUUCAUAAUAUAUAGUCGGCGUAAAAUGUUAGCAUUGCGCUGUGCAGAUUGUAAAACUCCAUGACAAAAGCAUGCAUGUGAACAGGUCAUUUGAAAGAUGUAGCAAAAGUGUGCUAAUGUUCUGUUCUUGCAUAGUCAUUUAUCUUGUUUUACUCGCUGUUUAUUUAGUUCGGUCCAGUUAUUAAUUACAAUUGUGACAAUGUAGGCAUUGGGGGUGGUUUUGCACAGCACUUCACCUACAACCGACACCUCAUUUUCGUGACACCAGCGGUGACGAGUUGGACACUAAUGCCUCAUUACACGUUAGUGUAGCGAAGCACAAGCAUUAUUGUUAUAUUUAGCACUUGUUAGAGAGUAAGCAUGAUUUCAAGUAAAUAUGUUUUCCAACUUCCCUACGCGGGUAAGGGGGAAAUAAAACUGAGAAACGUCGAACCUUCGCAAAACUUGACUGCUCCAAUGGCUCUCAGCAGCUGAUGUCAUCCGCAGUUCCUUAUUUUUGUCUGAACGUAGGUGGCUUCUUAGCACAGAGCCUUGGCAUGUAAAGCACAUGAACAGAACUUGCAUUUACCAAAGCAGAGUCACGCCUAAGCUUGCUACUUGGGUGUAAAUCCGCCGCACUGGAUUUAAAGUGAAUUCUUGCCGAAUUGAGAGAGAGGUGCCGUGGAUACGUCGCACACUGAAAAUUUUGUUUGAGAAGUAGUAAACGAAAAAUGACUGUCGAAAGUGAAAAUGUUACAAUUUUCAUGCGGUGGUCCUGUGCUCCCUUACUCAUUAAGUGAAUACCGAAUCCAUGCUGUCUUGUGUAAUUGAGGUCAUUGAAUUGAGCCAUGAAGAACAUAGUAUCAAGGCUCUUAACACUUGCACCAGUUCUCCUCUUUUUGUUGAGAGCAAAGCAGUUGUGAGUUAACUGCGCUAAUUUAUUAUGGUAGUAUAGAUAGUUUUAGACUUUGCAUAUCCAAAGGACUAUGAGUACUCCGAGGUACCUUUGCGCUCACCCAAAAGCCGUGCACCCAGACUUGUGUUCUUUUGUGCACCCCUUUGAGUUCCUCUGUAUGUUCACUAGUUUGCGUCCCCCAACUUCAGGGGCACAAGACUCCUGUAAAACCUCAAUUUUAUGUUGUUUUUUUAAUGCCGUGCUCGCAACGCUCGGUGAUCGGGUGGUCGCGCUAGUGUUGUCGCUCACCGUUGUCAUAGUGCAUUCAACAUAGUUGCAUAUCUUAUGUAACAUCAGCAUACGAAAUAGUGGUCACAGGUAAAAUGCUCUUCUUUACAUUUAAACAGGCCACAUUAUGCUUCACAAAUUUAUUUGCUGUGACUAAAUACCUAUACAAUCGAGCAACAUCAUAAUAGAGGCAUAGCCAACAGAGAAAUAAUUUCGUUACUGCACAUCUCUUAUUCAUUAUAAUCGUACAUUCAUUACACUGUGUUGGCAGUGACAAAAAAUAUUUCAGUUUUACUUUGUUGUAUCUGAUAAUUCACUAUUAUGUUUAAGGUUCAGCUGUGGAUUGAUUUUCUCUGACCAUUUUUUCUAUUUUCAUUACCUUACGAUGGAGUAAAGAUUCUAUAUAAGCCUUUAGGCUGUGUUUGCAUGCUUCAUCACACUCAAUGUUUCAACAGAAGUCAUCUUGCCUGAUGUUGAGGUGUAUGCCCCGAGUUUUUCAACAACCUUAGCUGGAUGUAGUGCCACAAUGCCUGGCCAUGCACUGAACUUGUCGCGCAUUGCAAGCUUUAGUUAACCCUUCGGCCGAAAGGUUGUGUGCAGUACGGGUGCACCUUGGAAGCUAGUCCAAUAUGCCAGCGGCGUGGCAUGUAAAAGCCCGCUCGCAAUAGCAAACUUGUGUGAUAAAGUACCACCUUCACGUCAUGCCACUUGUUCCUGCCUGUAGAAUGGCGUGACGUAAAGUCCGUAGCAGCGUGUCUGGCGUAACCGAGCGCAUGUCAGUAAAAUGUUUCAUUUGCGGUGUGUGGACCUUAUGCUGUUGACCCGUUUUCUUGCCAGAACCUCUGAACGGUGCAAAGCAGUUCGUGCGUAUGGUGAAAAUUCCUUUAAUGCUGAAGUUUGAUAGGUACUGAAGUGUGUAUGUUGCUGUACUGUUUGAUAGUUCACAUGUGCAGUGUUUGCUUGGUGCUUUUCUGUCAGGCCCUUAUUUUUCUUUGCGCUCAUGUUGGGGGGGGGGGGGGGGGGGUUGUUGUUGCUCUUCCAGAUUUUACUAGGUUCUGUGUAUGUGCGUACAAUGAACAGUUGAUAUGCUGUCUCACUACAUAUAGCAUUCUAUGUCUGUAGAGAUUUGUCGGUUGUGAAACACCAAUAAUGUUUGUUGUACGGCUGCAAUAGGUGUGUUAUAUGUUGCAACAUGCAUUUUUUUAGACGGGCAGUGUGCCGCAGCGUUUAAUUCAGUGCCUUUCAUGGCACAGCAAGCUGCUUUCAUUUCCUUUAAAUAUUGACAGUUUUGCCAGAUGUUAGUCAUCACUGCCUGCAUCCUUACAACUGAUGAGUCGUUUUAGUGAGCGAAAUUUUUGCCUACCCCCGCUCGAUAAUGCUGCGCUCAAGCAAUGCCUGGUUAGUGUUGUGUUUUGCUAGUGUUAUAGGUGUUUGUCUGCUGUGAAUACUGGUGUACCGGGUGUAUUUUGGAUGCUCACAUUUUCUUGCCGAGUUCUGUGCAAUGUUACGUUACUAAUGUGGAUGUGCCUUUAAUAGGAAAGACCUUCAGUUAGCUGCACUGAGGCUUGCUUAGAAUCUUGAGUUUCUUGGCUUCCCUGCAGUGCACAUAACUUCAGGAGGAUUGGGGGGAAUGUAGGUACAUUCUCUUGUUCACAGCACAGGUUUUAAACAAAAUGUUUCGGCUUUAUACAGUCUUCUCGCAUUGCAGAUACAGAUUUGAAGAAUGCACUGACAGGAGGUGGUGUUUUGAACAAAGUAUAAAGAUAUAUUGUCGACAUUGUGGUAACAAAUAGACACAACUGUGGUUUUCAUUUUUGCUGUUCUAUUUCUUCCUUUUCAACACUGCCUUUUUCAAAUUUAAUUUUGUUAGAGACGCUGAAAGGUAAUGCCUUCAGUGCGGUGCCUACAGUCUGGCCAUGGCGUGUUUAAUUCUGAUUUGGCACAUCUUUUUGGUCUAGGCUACUAUCUGGAACGUGCAUUUGAAUAUGACUUCACUUUUCGUUGUUGUAACGUGGUUGUGUUAUGGUGGUUUUAGACAAUACAUUCAUCAUUGUCAGCCAUUGUGAACUUUGAAGUUCUUUCAAUAAUGAGCAAGUUUCAUUCCACGAGGAAAGCAUUUAAUAAUUCAGCUGAGCCUACAGUUUUUUUAUAAAGUUUUGCAGUGCUUCUUGUGUGACGUCUGCUAGUUAUCAUGCAUGUAUGCACAUUUGAUAUGCUGUAGUUCAACUACAUGUUUUAUGCAAGUACUUUGUUAAUAAACGAUUUCCUUGUUUUUAACUUGUUAAUCGGAGCAAGAAUAUUAGUUAGAGAUAGGGUGCUGUUCUAUUUUCAUUUUUAUCAAACCCUGUGUCUGUCCUGUUUGCAUUUGUUAAACUUUUUCUCUUCACAAGCCAUUGGCUGAACAAAUGUGGAUCAAACAUCAAACAUUAUGUUUGGAAAGCAAGUUAGCAUUUUACCUGCCAAGAUCUGUCGUGGAUGUUAAACUAAAACGUGCUUGUAACAGAGUCGCUGUCAUAUUUUAUUGUUUUCAUUAGUGGAUAUUCUAUAUUUUAGGGGUGUGCAAAUCUUUUGGGACGUUAAACCCCAGAUAUUAUUAUUAUGGAAUAGUGAAAUUUCAUCUCGAAUCGAAUAGUGGCCAAAAAUAUCGAAUAGUGCAUAUUUACACGGAACAUGUACCGCCAGUUAUGGCCAGACAAAGGAAAAACUGGUGGCGCUACGACGUGGUGACAGCUUUAUUACGCCCUUGUUCGGGAGGGUUUAUUUUUCAGCUUUUAUGGGCGCGCAACCACGUUGAUAGAAGAGCGACCAUUCCAGUCAGCAGCAAGCCCCCUGUAACGACGUUAGCGUUAGUUUUAGCCGCCUCACCCUAACCAAGUUGCGCCACUAUCCUUUGUCGUGUUUUAGACAUUCAUCCUGCCGAAUUAUUCGAAACUUUGAAUAUUAGGUAUUCGAAAGUUUAAUUGAAUUAUUCGAUAAGGUAUUAUUCUAUUCGAAUUUGAAGCUCGAAUAUUCGCACACCCCUACCAUAUUUGGUUCAACUGCUUCAUACGAGGCUGUGUUUAUUGACUCAUUUAUAGUGUUUGAACAAACCUUGCUGUAAUUUGGAACGCUUUGCAAAACACGUGACAAAGACUUGGCAUGCUGAUCUACAAAGAUGUCAAAAGUGGUGCUCUUUACAGUAAUCGUGACCACAUGCUCGAUUUUCACAGUAGUGCGUGGUUUUCAGCAUAAUCAGUGUCGACAUAUACUUGCUUCAGUUUGUGUCAAACACAUUUUCUGCCACGUCGUUACGGAGUAGUCUUUAUGUCAUGUGCGUGCCAUAGGUGUGUGAUAUCAUAGCAAUGUGAUCUCUGGCAAAGUUGUGUGCUCUUUUUUCUUUUUUGCUAGCGUCACUUGCUGCAUGUACGUACAUAUGAGUCAAGGACAUGUGUGUAUGUGUGU